ACUGCCUGGUGGCUCUCACAGAGCUUUGGCAGCCUAAAUGAGGGCGCCUAACGCAUUUGGACGACUUACGCCCUCUCUUCAGUAACUUUGAUGGGGACCUCGACAUUAAUCAGGGAAAAUGCCUGUGAUGAAGGGAUUAUUAGCGCCUCAGAAUACGUUUCUGGACACUAUAGCUACACGGUUUGAUGGCACUCACAGUAACUUCAUCCUGGCCAAUGCUCAGAUGUCAAAGGGCUUUCCCAUUGUCUACUGCUCUGAUGGCUUCUGUGAACUCACAGGCUUUUCUCGGACAGAGGUCAUGCAAAAGAGCUGUGCCUGUAAGUUUCUGUAUGGGCCUGAGACCAGUGAAAGCAUCAUCCUGAGCAUUGACGAGGCCUUGGAAGAGCGCAAGGAGUUUAAAGAUGAGAUCAUGUUCUACUCAAAGACAGUUGCUCUCUUCUGGUGUCUCCUGGACAUUGUGCCCAUUAAGAAUGAGAAGGGUGACGUGGUGCUGUUUCUGGCCUCAUUUAAGGACAUUACUGACACUAAAGUCAAAACCACCCAAGAGGAAAAGAAAGAAGAGCGACGACGCGGCAGGGUGAAAACGGGCUCUUCAUUCAGCUCGGCUCGUCUGCGGGGCAGCACGGUGCUCUACCACAUCUCUGGUCACCUCCACAGCAGGGAGAAGAGCAAGAUUAAAAUCAACAAGAAUAUGUUUGGCGAUCCACCUGCUCUACCAGAGUAUAAGGUUGCAGAUGCCAAGAAGUCCAAAUUCAUAUUGCUUCACUACAGCACAUUUAAAGCAGGCUGGGACUGGCUGAUCCUGCUCGCCACCUUCUACGUUGCUGUAACAGUGCCCUAUAAUGUGUGCUUCAUUGGUGACGACGAUGAUCUGACCCGGAGCACAACUGUCAGUGAUAUUGGUGUGGAGAUCCUCUUCAUCAUUGAUAUUAUUUUCAAUUUUCGCACCACCUUUGUCAGCAAGUCAGGUCAGGUCAUCUUUGACGCUCGGCAGAUAUGCAUCCAUUACCUGACAACGUGGUUCAUCAUUGACCUGGUGGCUGCACUGCCUUUUGACCUGCUCUAUGCUGUCAAAGUCAGCGUGGUGUCCGUGGUGCACUUGUUAAAAACCGUCCGUCUACUUCGUUUGCUGAGGCUCCUGCAAAAGAUGGACCGCUAUUCGCAGCACAGCACAGUGGUCCUCACCCUGCUCAUGUCUAUGUUUGCACUUCUGGCCCACUGGAUGGCCUGCAUCUGGUACAUCAUCGGCAAGAUGGAGAUGGAGUCUAAUGCCUACAACUGGGAUAUCGGGUGGCUCCAUGAGCUUGGAAAGCGUCUAGAGUCUCCAUACGGUGGUGUGGUAGAAGUCAACACUACUGGCAGUGGUCCCUCUAUCCGUAGUGUUUACAUCGCCUCACUCUACUUUACCCUCAGCAGCCUGACAAGUGUGGGCUUUGGCAACGUGUCUGCCAACACGGACGCUGAGAAGAUCUUUUCUGUUUGCAUCAUGCUCAUCGGAGCACUGAUGCAUGCUUUGGUCUUUGGCAAUGUGACAGCCAUUAUCCAGAGGAUGUACUCUCGCUGGUCCCAGUACCACACCAGGACCAAAGACCUCAAGGAUUUCAUACGUGUCCAUCAUCUGCCACAGAGCCUUAAGCAGAGAAUGCUUGAAUACUUUCAGACAACCUGGUCGGUCAAUAAUGGAAUUGACUGCAAUGAGCUGCUAAAAGACUUUCCAGAUGAGCUGCGGUCUGACAUCACCAUGCAUCUUAACAAGGAGAUCCUGGAACUGUCAUUGUUUGCCUCUGCCAGUCGCGGCUGCCUGCGCUCGCUGUCACUGCACAUUAAGACAUCCUUUUGCACCCCAGGGGAAUACCUCCUCCGACAGGGCGAUGCUCUCCAGGCCAUCUUCUUUGUCUGCUCAGGGUCCAUGGAAGUGCUGAAAGACGAAAUGGUGUUAGCCAUCCUAGGUAAGGGUGACCUGAUUGGAGCGAACUUGUCAUUAGACAACCGCGUCAUAAAAACCAACGCAGAUGUGAAAGCCCUGACCUACUGUGACCUGCAGUGUAUCAACCUGAAGGGGCUCUAUGAGGUGUUGGACCUCUACCCUGAAUACUCUCACCAUUUUGUCCAGGACAUCCAGCGGGACCUCACGUACAAUCUGAGAGAAGGACAUGAGAUACACGCUGGGGGAAGAAGAAACGGGCGUGUGGUCCAAGGUCGACCCACAGUUAGUGAGGCCCAGGAAGGACAUGAAGGGGGUACAGAUGAGGAGGAACCUGACAACACUGAGUCUGUUUCUCUUCUGACCGAGCACCAUCGAGCCGAGAAUCUAAAGGACGCCGUUGGGAGGUCUCCUCUCCGGCCAUCCCGCCAUAAGACCAUCACCCACUGCACGGGUCGGUCUCAGAAAAAACAACAACAGGAAGUUACAGCAACUACACUAGACCCUUCCAACCUCAGCCCUAGGAUAGUGGACGGUACUGAGGACAGUGAGGGAACAGAAACCUCCCAGACAUUCUCCUUUUCCACGAGCCUUGGCUGCCCUGUCAAUGAACAAACCAGUGCCUCAACGUCCAACACAGAUAUGCUGCAGAUCAGCACAACAGAAUUUGCAGCCAAAGCUGAGGAGACCAGGGGACAACUGCGACACCUCGACCAGCAGGUGAGCAUCCUCCGGAGGGAAGUAGCCGACCUCGGGCAGGUCAUGAAGAGAAUGGCCACGCUAAUGGAGACCCUUACGCCGUUGGUGCCGCAACCUGCAAUAAUCUGUCCUACACAUUACUCUCCAGCACAUCACACAUACAUGCACUGUCCAUCCCCUCCUCAGUCCUACCAUUCACCAUCUAAGGCUGCCUCCAUCUGGACGGACCCUCCUAUGCCAUUGCCCUGCUCAUCCCUCACAAUGUCCCAGCAGCAUACUGCGAUGUGCUUCGCAGACUCACAGACACACAGGCCGCAGAGCCUCCAGUUAGUUCAUCCAGCUAUCCCCAGGUCAACUCCUCCUUUAACUCCAGACAUAUCGUCUAGGAUACCACAGCUGCCCUCUGGCAUCCCAGAGCUUUCCAUGGAUUCUAGCUCUAUCAGAUUUACGGUACAAAGUCCGCCUCCGCAGGACGGAGGGGAGGAGGACCCACAUAGGAGCCCGGGAUGUUCUUCUCAAACUGGACACAUAAGACUUUAUCAGAGUCCAGAUCAGGGUUUGUAGCAUAUAUCCAUUGGAAUUACCAAGAAAUCUGCAGGACUAUAUCCAGGACACAUUUUUUUUGGAAUAUUCCUAACCUAAAAUACAGGACUGUUCAGCUGUGGUUUCCAAUAUCGUGGCAAGGCAACUACUGUAGGAGAAUUCGACAAGCAAUUCCCUUUGUUUCAAAAGCUUUUCCAAAUCGAAAUGCAUGAGAAGAGGAGCUGAGUUUUUACAGUAGGUGUAUUAUAUGAAAUAGUUUGUGUUCUUACCUGGCAAGGCAUCUACUGUAGGAGAAUUCAACAAGCAAUUCCCUUUGUUUUACAAGCUUUUCUAAAUCCAAAUGCAUGAGGAGAGGAAUUGAGUUUUUACAGUAGGUGUAUUAUAUGAAAUAGUUUGUGUUCUUACAUGGCAUGCAGAUGUUUGAGUUAGUUUGGGAGCUUUAUGGUGGAGGAUCUAUGAAAAUGGCUGAUCUUUGUUUCCCUGCUCCUGCACCUUGAGGCUCCGUCAGCUGGAAUCAGUUAUAAUGUGUGACACGAUAUUAACAUCGGGAAAGAGAGCGAUGGUCUCGGCUCUCCAUCUUCUUUCCUCUUCAGUCGAAUAACCUUCCUUUUCUUGCUCACUCCAACCUCUUUGAAUGCACUGCUGCAAGAGAACAAUGUAGGACUGGUUGAAUUAAGAAAAUAAGACAUUGUGAAAUUGGAGAUGGGGUGUCUUGUGCUUCUAACCCACCUGCCAAGGAGGGAAAGGGGGAUAAAGGAUGGAGGAAAAUGUCUAUCUGAAUGUUGCUGGUGGUAGCUUUGGGACUCGCAUCAUGCCGUCGGUAGCAAGACCCCUGCUGUGGUCUGUCGUACAGAGCACAGAGACUCUUUACCCCCACCGUUUCUUCUCCCUUUCCACAUGCUCCCCCCUCCUGCUCCUGUUUCUCUCUGCAUGCCUUUCCAAAUCCUUUGAGUAGUGCCUGUAGACACACAUUAACAUGCUGCAUGUUGCCCCGUGGAGAGCGAGCUUGCCAUUUACCUUUCUAUUUAAAGGAAACACGAUUUGGUAUUUCAAUCGUUACACCUGGCAUUUACUGAUGCAUAUUUAGCACAAUUCUGCUCUGUUUAAGCAAGAGUUAUUUUUGGCACAAGGUAGUCGCCCCAGUUGUAAAGUGGCCCGGAGCAUAUGCUCUUCAAUUGGUUCACAAGCGAUGCUGUAAUGCAUUUCCCUGCUUGGCGCUCAGGAUUGGCAGCUCUGAGAUUUUAUUUUACUCAGCAGUUAGAAAGAAGGCAAUAUUCCCCAAUAAAGCACAAUAAAGAAAUGAAGACACUUUUAUAUAUUGAUGAAUGUACCCACACUAAAGAUGUAUUUUUUUUGUACUUAAAUCAGAGAUGUGCAAUGGCCACAAGCAAUGCAACUGUACACAAAGUUAGGUUGUGCUGUUUGCUGGUACCUGCUGAUGCAACCUUAAACCGGGAAGAUUGUAACUCAUAUAACAGAUCUGUUCUUGUCCUUUUAACUCCUGUAGUUUUCUGCUUCUCUGCAAAUGGAAUGUACUGUAAACACUUCUUCCCCCUUUUAUAUUUCUCAGAUACACUCAUGUGCUAUUAAAAAUCAAACACGACUGUUAUAAGAAGGCUUUCUUGUUUUGUUUCCACCAAAGAAAUACAUUGAAGGUUUUUUAAGGAUGUCUGAAGCACUCAGUUUUUUUUAAUAAGCUUUUAACAAGAAUAUGCAAUGUCAGGUUAUGAGGCAUUUAUAAUUAUGAGCUACUGGAGAGUUCAUUAAGUAAAGUGUAAAGCGCCUAAGAUCAGUGAAUACUCUAAAGUUUUGUUCAGCAUGGAAUAUAUAAAAUAGACUAUCCCCGUCGAUAAUAUGAGGUACAAAAGAGGAAAUACUUUCACAAAAUGCUUUAUUCUUGUGUAUCAGUAGGUCUAAUGUGAAAAAGUAUUUUGUUCUGUUUUUGAAUCUAUUUACACACUGAAUUUUUUUAUUAGGAUUUUUUUUGUGUGUGUCAGACACAAUUAAGAGACUUGAUUUGUAGAGUUAUAAAAAAAGUAGGAAUACCUUGAAGGGGCCAGGUUAGUACUAUAAUUUGCAU